ACUGGAGGCAGAUGAAGAACAUCUUCGUCCUCCAACUGUUGAGCAACAAGCGAGUCCAAUCCUUUCGUGGCAUUAGGGAAGAAGAGACGGCGAUCAUGAUCGAGAAGAUUUCAGAUUUUGGUUCUGAUGUGGUGAAUUUGAGCAAACUGAUUGUGGAGUUGACGGCGAACGUGGUGUGUAGGGAGGCGUUGGGGCGGAAAUACGAAGGCAUUGGGGGCAGAGGAGGAGGGGCGAGGAGGGGGUUUAAGGAGGCUUUGGGGGAGCUUGCAGAGUUAUUGGGGGUUUUUGAUAUUGGAGAUUUUGUACCAUGGCUGAAGUGGGUGAAUAGAGUAAAUGGGGUGUACGGGAGAGCGGAGAGACUUGCUAAGGAGUUGGAUGAGUUUUUGGAGGGUGUGGUGGAAGAGCAUGAGGGUAGAGAGAGAAAGGUAGGAGAGGAGGGAGGGCAGGAUUUUGUCGAUGUUUUGCUUGAGAUUCAGAGAGAAAAUGUGGUUGGGAUUCCUCUUCAUAGAGAUAGCGUCAAAGCUCUUAUUUUGGAUGUAUUUGUUGCUGGAAUUGAUACUACAUCCACAGCCCUAGAAUGGGUAAUGACAGAGCUCUUAAAGCAUCCUCAAGCCAUGAAAAAACUCCAAGCUGAAGUUCGACUUAUAGCCCAACCCAACCAGCCUGUAACCGAGGACGAUCUAGACCAGAUGCCCUACCUAAAAGCUGUGAUCAAAGAGACUCUACGCCUCCACCCUCCGGGUCCCCUUAUUGUGCCCCGGGAGUCAACCAAAGAUGUUCAAGUAAUGGGUUACGACAUUGCGGCCGGGACACGCGUGCUUGUCAACGCUUGGGCAAUUGGACACGACCCAACGUUGUGGGACGAGCCUGAGGAGUUUAGGCCCCAGAGGUUUUUGAACUGUCCAGUUGAUUUUAGAGGACACGAUUUUGAGUUGAUUCCGUUCGGAGCGGGGAGGAGGGGGUGCCUAGGGAUUCGGUUCGCGAUGGCGGUCGACGAGCUAGCCGUUGCAAAUCUCGUGCACAAGUUUGAUUUUGCACUGCCUGAUGGGGUGGAGUUGGAUGUGAGUGAAGCUGCUGGUAUCAAUGUUCACAAAAAGUUCCCUCUGCUUCUUGUUGCAACUCCUUGGUCUUGCUAAUUAGUAGGUACAAUUUUAGGUUCCGUUCCACUAAGAGAAAUAAGUACUUAUGUUUUGAAUUUGAAUGACCUAUCUCAUAAAACAAAAAAUAAGUACACUAUCAAAUCUUUUGAUCAUUUGUCAACUAAAGCUAGAACCUUGCAAGUCUCUUCUUGUGUCUAUGUUCGUUAUAUUGUCUUUGGUGCAGAUGUUUUUUUGCAUUGGAAUGGAAUCCUCUCCCGUCCCUUAAAGA